GAAUAUAUUCGCGAACGAGCCUCCCGCGAGAACGGUCGCGAAAGUCGCUACAAAUCCACGUUUCUCUCCGACGGGCAUUAUCCUGAUUUCCGUCGAUCAGUCAUGUCGAAUAUCGAGGGUAAAGUCGCGCUCAUCACCGGCGGAGCGAACGGGAUCGGCUUCUCCACGGCUCGCAAACUCCUUCGAAACGGAGCGAAGGCGGUGGCUCUGUUGGAUCUGAGCGAUUCAGGUGGCGAAAGCGCGGCCGCCGAUCUAAACAAUGAGUUCGUGAAAGAUUGUGCGAUUUUCGUCGCCUGCGACGUCUCCAAGAGCGAUGAACUCAAAGAGGCGUUCAAGAAAGUGAUCGAGGCAUACGAGACUUUAGACAUCGUCGCAAACAUUGCAGGCAUUAUGGAUGACGCAGAUUGGGAGAUUAUGGUCGAUGUUAAUUACAAAGGGGUCGUGCACAGCACUGUCUUGGCCUUGCACACCAUGGGCAAGUACAAGGGUGGCAAUGGCGGCAUCAUAGUGAACAUGUCCUCCGUGGCUGGACUCGAUGGGAUCCCAAUUGCGCCGAUCUAUGGUGGAACGCAAUACGCGAUCGUCGGAUUCACUCAAUCAUUGGCGCACUAUUACGAUAAGACUGGUAUACGCAUGCUGACGAUAUGCCCCGGACUCACGACCACGGCUAUGGCGGCCAGAUUUAUGGCGACCAAAGAACAUGCCAUGGAUCUUCUCGAUGAAGAAACAGCGGCCUUAGCGAUGGCGCACAUGCAGAAACAACCGCCGGAGCAUGUGGCGAGCGCCAUAAUUCAAUUAAUCGAGAACGGGAAGAACGGCGCGAUUUUCGUCAGCGAGAACAAUCAACCCCCGUUCGCUGUCGAAGUGCCCAGUUACGCCACACUGAAGAUCCCCACCAUGGACCAAAUCAAGAACAUGAACGUUUUGAUCACCGGAGCUGCUGGAGGUAUUGGUCUCCGUUAUGCACAGUACAUGUUGAAAAGUGGAGCCAAGACUGUCGCCAUCCUUGAUCUGCCAACAUCCGAUGGCACGACAAAGGCUGCUAAUUUGGAGAAAGAAUUUGGAAAAGGCAAGGCCACCUUCUACCCGUGCGACGUGACCAACAUUCAGCAAUUCGAAGAGACUUUCAAGAAGGCUGUGAACGCGAUGAAUGGUGUUGACAUUGUUAUUAACAACGCCGGUUUGCUCAAUGACACAAACUGGGAGCUGACUAUUCGUCUGAACGUUGGUGGCGUGAUCCAAGGAUCGCUCCUUGCCAUGGAACACAUGCGCAAAGAUAAGGGCGGAAAAGGUGGUGUCAUCGUGAACAUUGGAUCUAUUGUCAGCCUCGACAUUUUCAAAGAAUUCCCAGUUUACUGUGCCAGCAAGCACGACGUGCUUGCAUUCAGUCGUUGCCUGCAGAAAGCGUACACCAAAACCGGCGUUCGUGUCCUGGUGAUGUGCCCCGGCGUCACAAACAGUAACUUGUUCGAUACCAUGCAUGCGACAACGUUUGACUUCAUUACUACCACGGAAUUGAAGAAUCUCAUAGAUGCCUUGCCUAAACAAGAACCCGAAAACGUGGCGAAAGCAAUGGUCUUGCUCAUCCAGAAGGGCCAGAACGGAUCUGUGUGGGUCAGCGAAGGAGGAGAACCACCAUUCGGUGUCGAAUUUCUUCCGUACAAGAAAGUAGAACUUAAUUUAAUAGAUUUCCGAGGAGUAAGGGAGAAAGAAACCGGAAACAUGCAGAUCAAGGAUAAAAGAGCGAUCGUAACAGGAGGUGCGAGUGGUCUGGGUAUGAUCGUUAGCAGGGAAUUGCUGCGAAAUGGCGUCUCCGCAGUCGCGAUGAUCGACAUUCGCGAAAUGGCCGGGAUUGAAGCGACGAAUGCACUGAAUGCGGAGUUCGGACGCAACCGUGCAAUUUUCUUCCACUGUGAUGUCACAAAUAACUCCGAAUUCGAUAACACAUUCAAGAAAGCUGUGACCGCGCUCGGCGGCCUGGAGAUUUUAGUAAACAAUGCUAGCGUGAUUAACGAGAGCGACUUCUCGAAAGCCAUUGACAUAAACGUGACAGCUGUGAUACGCGGUACGCUUCUAGGAAUACAACAAAUGCAAAAGGACGCCGGCGGCAGGGGUGGUGUUAUCGUAAAUAUUUCGUCUCUGGCGGGUCUGGACUCAUUAACGCAACUGCCAGUAUAUUCUGCAACGAAACACGCAGUGGUCAGCUUCAGUCGUUCUUUUGCACAACCUUAUCACUAUAAAAGGACGGGGGUGAGGAUAAUAGUACUGUGUCGCGAUUUCGCGCAAUCCUCGGAUGACCUACCAGAAGGACACCGAUAUCAGUCACACAACGUGGAGAGCAUCGCCCACGGAGUGGUCUACGCGAUUAGGUGCGCCCAAAACGGAAGCAUUUGGAUCGGCGAGGAUGGGAAACCGGUCUACGAGAUUCAAUUACCCGACACUCUGCCACUAAAGUCUUACGAAUUCUCACUUUAUUCGCGUAUAAAUACCACCGGCGAACACCGGCCACGCUUCAGUACGCGAAGAAACGGUCACCCUCUUGCACGAGUUCUCCUUCCUCGACAGAAGCUCUCCUCAUUCCUUCCGCUCAUGGAUUCGUGGAAAACACUGGACGGUGAAAUGGAGACCAUACCCAACGUCAAUCAUAGACGCAGACGGUCGUCCGCGUCCGAGAAAGCGAAGGAGAUCGAUGCGAUCAAAGAGGUCGUUUUCGGUAAAAAUGUUCUGAUCACAGGAGGCGCCGCGGGUUUGGGACACGCGUUCCUCAACCACUUUUUGAAGCACGGUGCAAAUAAGGUAACGAUAUUUGACAUCGAUGCAGAGGCUGGCAAGAGGAUCGAAACGAGCGUCGAGAAGUCCUGCGGCGAGAAGAAAGUCCAUUUUAUUCACGUCGACGUCUCUAAUUACGCGCGUAUGACUGAAGCUUUCGAAGAAACGUUGAGGCUGAUGAAAGAAAUCAAUAUUGUCGUGAACAAUGCAGGUAUCUUGGACGAGCGAAGGUGGGAGAGGGAAAUAGCGGUGAACAUUGGAGGAAUGAUUGCCACCGCGAUGUUGGCUGUGAAAUAUAUGAGCAGAGACAGUGACGGUCAUGGCGGAAUGUUGGUGAACGUCAGCCAGCACAUAGACAUCAAGAGCACGGCGCAGCUUCCGGUUUACACAGCCACGAAGCACGCCGUCAUCGGUCUCUCGCAAUCCCUUGUGAACUCUUAUCAGUACGAGAAAACCGGUAUCCGCGUGAUAACACUGUGCCCCGGGUUAACAGAGACAGCGCUCACAGUGGAUAGCCCGAACAAGUUGCUGUCGAGAGUGAUGAAGGCGGACUUCGUGAAGAAUCUCGAGCAGUUGUCGAUACAGACGCCGUACGUGGUGGCGCAAGGUCUAAUGUCGAUUCUUAGGCACGGAGAGUCCGGUAGCAUAUGGGUCGUGGAGAACGGUAGCAGCCCGUACGAGGUCUACGUUCCGAAUCCGCGCACUUUGCGCCGCACAUACAAGAAUAACUUUACGUUCGUUGAAACGAAGCCGCAGACCAGAGGUCGUCCGAUAAGAGAAGUCUGCGACAACACGCGAACAGGUCUGAUGAGCUGCGCUUGAUGAAAAGAGAACAGGAAGUCUUGAUGAAGAUCGUGUUCCCUCGAAUCUUGUUUGCGAGUCUCUUCUCGAGAUUGGAACCGGCAAUCUUUUCGUAAGAUUUGUCGAAAGACGAUGUGAACCGAAAGCGAUCGUACCUUCAGCUUCCGGGAUACGUCGUGGACGAACGAGACUCGAUGCGUUGCUUCUCAGAAAUGGCGGCGCUGAGAAACAACGGCCGCAUCGAGUUGCAUGAACCUUCGUAACAAUCAGAAAUGAUAGCGUAAGGCAAAGUGUUAAGGUGAAUCGCUUCGAGAUAUCCUGAGCGAUUGAUACAGUAUCAAGUAUUUAUACGCAUCGCACUUUGUACAUAAAUCAUCGUAUUUAAUGUAAGAUUAAGAACAAUGGUAUACAUUCACUGCAUA